GUUCUACAUGAAACAUUUCCUCAACACACAUUCCUCAUGAAUGGUCUCAUUCAAGGUGUAAAGGGUCUGCUCUCCUUUCUGAGUGCCCCGCUCAUAGGUGCCCUGUCCGAUGUGUGGGGGAGGAAGCCCUUCCUCCUGGGCACCGUCUUCUUUACCUGUUUCCCAAUACCCCUGAUGGUGAUCAGCCCGUGGUGGUAUUUUGCAAUGAUUUCUGUGUCUGGAGUCUUCUCAGUCACAUUCUCUGUGAUAUUUGCGUAUGUAGCUGAUGUCACUCAGGAGCAUGAGCGAAGUACUGCUUAUGGAUGGGUCUCAGCCACCUUUGCAGCCAGUCUGGUCAGCAGCCCAGCUAUUGGAGCAUACCUCUCAGCCAGCUAUGGAGACAACCUCGUUGUGCUGGUGGCCACGGUGGUGGCUCUUCUAGACAUCUGCUUCAUCUUAUUGGCUGUUCCAGAAUCCUUGCCAGAGAAAAUGAGACCACUCUCCUGGGGAGCUCAGGUUUCUUGGAAACAAGCAGAUCCUUUUGCGCCACUGAAGAAAGUUGGAAAAGAUCCUACCGUGUUACUGAUCUGCAUCACUGUGUUUCUUUCUUACCUUCCUGAAGCUGGACAGUACUCAAGUUUUUUUCUCUACCUCAGACAGAUCAUAGGUUUUGGAUCUGUUAAAAUUGCAGAGUUCAUAGCUGUGCUAGGAAUUCUGUCUAUUGUGGCUCAGACAGCCCUGCUCGCCGCCUUGAUGAGGUCGCUGGGGAAGAAGAACACCGUGCUCCUGGGCCUGGGCUGCCAGGCGCUCCAGCUGGCCUGGUAUGGGCUCGGGUCUCAGGCCUGGAUGGUGUGGGCCGCAGGGGCCGUGGCCGCCGUGUCCAGCAUCACCUUCCCGGCGGUCAGUGCCCUGGUCUCGCAGAACGCAGAGUCAGAUCAGCAAGGCGUUGCCCAGGGCAUCAUAACUGGCAUCCGAGGACUGUGUAAUGGCCUGGGGCCAGCGCUGUAUGGCUUCAUAUUCUACAUGUUCCAUGUAGAGCUGACUGAGUUGGAACCGAAACUGAAUUCUAACAAUGCUGCUUUGCAGGGAGCCCUCGUCCCAGGCCCGCCGUUUUUAUUUGGGGCAUGUAUAGUUCUUAUAUCUUUCCUGGUUGCCUUAUUCAUCCCUGAAUGCAGUAAUGGGGCUAAGAAACAUAGCAACAGCGUCAGCGGCACUGUGACCGACACCCCGGAGCAGGGCAGUGACGAGGACAUUGAGCCCCUGCUGCCGAAUGGCAGCGUCUGGGGCCUCGCUGCCUUCGAGGAGCCAGGGAGCCAGUGCACCGAGCUGUGACGGCAGAAGGGAGACCUGCAGGCGCUGUCUUUCUGAAGUCGCCGGGAGCCAUACCAUCGGGAGACUUUCUGGUGCUGGAGGGGAGAUGCAGUGGCAUCCUUUAGGGCCAAGUUUGAUGAGUAACCCUCUCCCUCCUUCUGUUCCUUUUCUUCCAUUCUUUUUCUUUCCGUUUGUACAUUAGAACAAGUUAGGAUUUGAAAUACGUUGCUGCAAACAGUAUGCAACUCUCACAGUUAUCUGGAGUUCCGCUUUGAAAUUCAAAUGGAAAAGGUCACAUCUCUGAGAAAGGGUGGCUUUCUGUCCUCACCUCCAGGGACGAGGGGCUGCAGGGCUGGGCGGGACUGCCAUCCACGGCCAGAGUCAGGGUGAAGAAUCCCUUCUUGUCUUCCUCUUUCCUGCUUCUCUGAAAGUGCACGUGGCCCACAGGUGUGGAGGAGUGGGUGCUCCUAGAGCCACUCAGCACUGGGGACCUAUUGCCUUUGUUCAAAGGUCAAACAAAGCCGGGUCUUACUCCCCUUUCCUUGUCUCUGCUUAAUAUUCUUGGCUAGAAUGAAACCCAGCAUACACACCUGGGUACUCGUGAUACUGAUCCGUGGUGUCCUUUGCCAGUGAAGAAAAUGUUUCCUACAAGUCUAAAUCUUGAAGAAAUAGCAAUUCAGAUUCCUUGACCGAGUGUCGUGGUCGGAUCCGAGGGGAUGUUACAGAAGCACACAUCAGGCAUCCGGUGCUUCUGCGGAAGUGCUCACACGGAAACUCUUCGGUGAGUGGAGGAGGAGCAGGGAGCAGUGAGCGGUGCCGCGAGUUCCCGGUGCAGACUGGGUGCGGGACUGUUUGUCCCUCCCACACCGUCCUCUCGGUUCUCGGUCAUCACCUCCUGCCUUAACUGCCCUGUGUGUACGCGUCUGUGUUCAGUGGGUCUCUCUUUCCACCUGUGUGUCUGACAUUUGAAUCUCUUGGGAAUAUGCACAUCAAAUUCCUUUCUGCAAAGGGUGGUUUAGGAAACUCAGUUUCACAGUAAGUGUCUUGCUAAUUUUUCAAGAUGUUUUACAGACAAAGAAAACUACAGAUUUACAUGCAUUUUGUUGCAACAGUAAAUGAACCCUUCACUAGGCCUACCUUGUGCCUGUGAAGGGUUUAUAGAUACGAAAUAUAUGUAGGUAUUUUUAAGGGGUUUUAAAUUUUUUUGAUGGAGUGCUGUGCAAAUCAAGUAUUUAUAAAUGUAAUGAAGGUAUUGACAAAAAAUAUAUGUAACUUUUAUAAAGGAUUAUUAUGUACUGCUUGAAUACAUUUAAAAGAAAAUAUAUUUUGAAACCUGUUCUGCUAUGAACAAAAAUGACAUAUCUUUUUACUAUGCUGUUGGUUUAAGUUAAGCUUCCUGAUGCACAAUAAAUUGUACUGGGUA